CCCUGACACCUCAUUGUCUGACAGCCCCUUUACCCCAGCUCGGCUGCACCAAGGGGCUGCGCAGACACCUCCCUGCGUGGCAGACCUGGCUCUGGACCAGUCCUUGGGGCUGGAGCCUCAGCCUGUGGCAGGCCCUGUCGAGAAGGGAAGCCGUGGCGGGUUGUCCCUAGGCCCAGCGGAAGCAGGCGGGCAGGAAGUCUCCCCUGUACCUUGCUGAGCUGCCUGCAGAGAGCUGGGGGGGGCCUGCCUUUCUAACCCAGAGGCUGCUCAGCCCCCCACGUGCACAGCAACGGACGAGCAAGAGCCUCUUCCGGCUCCGGGCCACCUGGCGGUGCCCCGGUGGGGGAGGGUACAGCGCCGGCUGACUGCACCCCCCGGCCUGGGGCUCUUCUGCAGGGUCCAGGAGGGACGCAGUAGCCCCAGGCACCCUGCGGUCGGCAUCAUCUCCUCAGUUGCUGCCCCAGUCCGGGCGGGUGAGGCUGGGAGGCCCCGUCACUCUGGGAAGAAGCCCAGCGCACGGGGGAGCAUCCCCCAAGGAGGGACGUGCAGGGAUUGGCUGGGGGAGGCUACGCGGGACCCAACGGGAUCAGCUGUGGAUCCCUGAGCCGCCCCGUGGGACUGGGACUCGGAGCUCUCUGACCCGCUGCUGGGAAUGGAGCCAGACGCUGCCCAGCCCCACUGCCUGGGCCCUGGCCCUGGCCAACCGCGGCCUGGGAGCUGGGCUGCCACAGCCAGGCCUCGGAGAGCUGCGAGUGGUGAUGUCCGGCAGGGGCCGGGGCCCUCCCGGCUUUUCCAAGUCAGGCCCUUGCAGGAGGCGUCAGCCCAGAGGGCCCUUGGCCUCUCGUGCCUCAGCCUGCAGGAGCGGAUCAGACGCUUCCAGAAGAGCUUAGCCGCAAGCGAGGAACCCGGCCCCCGGGCCUCUAGCCCCAGGGCCCGGGGGCAGGUGGGCCAGGAGCCGAGGCCCAGUGGAAGGGACUGGCCGCCCCGCAGGCGUGAGGAGAGCGUCCUGUCCAGCAGGGCCCCAGGCUUGCGCCCCAGCAGCUCCGGGCCCCCUGCCCAGAGGGAGUGGACAGAGCCAGCUGGGGAGACGCGGCCUCCUCCCGGUGGGGCCAGGGGCCCCAGCGUGUGGCCAGGCUGCUCUGUGCGGGAGCAGGUUCGCUCCAUCGAGCUGCGCUUUGGGGCAAGCCAGGCUCCCUGGGCGGCCGCUGCCCCCCGAGGCAGAAGUGGGCUGACGGGGGCCCCAGCAGCUGGGCCCCAGCGAAGCCGGGCAGCCUGGGGCGGGAAGCAGGAGCCAUGGCCCCCUGGGAAAGGGCAACGACUCUCAGCCCUGCCAGCUAGGCUGUGCCUGCCCCAGCCACAGCCACCGGCCCCUGAGCGGCCCCAGGGUGGUAGGAAGGACAAUGCAGCACUUCGCCUGGGGGCACUGAGGGCAGGAGCCAGAGCUCCAGGGCUGCCCCAGGUCCCCCCAGACGCCGGCAGACCCAAGGCGGCCCAGGGGGAAGGUCCAGCUGGCGAGGGGCUGCCGGGGACCGGGCCUGCUGGGGGGCCAUUGCAGAGCCACCUGCCCAGGCGUGGACCCCUGACAUCCUCCCCGCUCCCCGCAGAGGGCAGGGCCCCAGGGCCGCCCCCAGCCCUGCCCCUCGCUCCCUGGGGCUUGGGGGAGUCCGAUGGGGACGACUCUGACUCCACAGAGUCCUCACUCACCACCCCCAGUGAGCAGAGCCAGCCCCACGGCCGGAGUUUCGCCCUCAGCCUGGCCGAGCUGAUGGAGUUUGGCCUGGACAGGAAGGAGGCGCCCCUGGACGAGGGACACUCAGCAUCACUGAACUCCAGCCUGUCCAGCCUGUCCAUGGUGUCCCCGAUCCCAGCCCAGGACCUGGAGCAGCUGCUGGAGGAGGUGAAGGGCCUGGGAGACGAGAGCCUGCAGCAGCACCUCAAGGAGAUCCAGGUGGUCGUGCUGCACAAGGACAAGGGGGCCGGGCUGGGCUUCAGCGUCGCAGGGGGGAGCGACCAGCACAAGAGGGUGACGAUCCACCACGUCUUUGCCAGCGGCCUGGCCGCCCAGGAGGGCACCAUCCAGCCGGGGGAUGAGGUUCUCUCCAUCAACGGGCACUUGCUGACGGGCUGCAGCCAUGGGGAGGCGCUGCAAACGCUGCACCGGGCCCAGGCCGCCCGGCAGGCCAUUGUGGUGCUGCGGAAGGGGGCAGUGGAUGGGCUCCCCAACGGCUCCCUCCCAGCGCCGGUCCCACAGCCCCCUCCAUCAGCACCGGACGCCACGGUGAGGCCCAUGCAGGUGGUGAAAGAUGCCAACGGACUCAGAUUCAGCCUGGAUGGAGGACGGGGGUCGCUGCAGGGGGACAGGCCGCUGACCGUCAAGAAGAUCUUCCAGGGGGGCCCCAAGGACCUACUGCAGCCUGGGGACGAGCUGCUCCAGAUCGGGGAGAGGAGCCUGCAGGGCUGAUGUGGCUCGAGGGCCGGCAGCUCAUCAGGGCCCUGCCCAUGGGACCCGUCCAGCUCCUCGUGAGAAAGAGGGGGAAGCCCUGACGGCCGUGAGAUCUGCACCCAGACUGGACUUGAGCCCCCAACAGCGCUGGCAUCUCCAGAUGGCUGGGGCAGACACAGACAUGGUUUUCUCUGCUGGGGUCUUGUUUCCUGGGCCUCAGUUUCCCUGUCCAUACAAUGAGGAACAUAA